AAAGCCGAGCCACUUAGAGCUCCAAGGGGCGCGGGUGCUGUUCGCAGCCGGGCGCCAUGGCCCUCGCCUUUGUGGGCACCACCUUGGGCAUCUUCCUGGUUUUGCUGUGCGCCUUGUCCAUCGCCUCCCUGCAGCCCACGGAGGUGGCCUUGAAGUACAACUGGCUGUGGAAAACGGUCAGCGAGGAGAUCGUGGUCACGCCAGGCCUGAAGUUUGUGGGCCCCUUCAACGACCUCAUCAGGUAUCCUAAGACGAUCCAAACGCUGGAGUACAACCAGGCUCAUCAUGACCUACUUGACGGCCGUACCCAGGAUGGCCUGCCCCUGAUCCUGGGUCUGUCCUUCCAGUAUCGCCUGCUGCCCGAUCGCCUUCGAGAGCUGUACUUCACCUAUGAGAACCAUGUCGGGGACUAUGAGAACAUCUAUAAGCUGGCAGGCAUGCACAUGAUCACGGAGCUGGCGACAAAGUUUACAGCCUACCAGUUCUUCAACGAGAAGCAGAAGAUUGCGGAGGUGAUGAGGAAUAGCCUGAACGACUACUUCUCGAAGAACCUCUUCGCCUCGGUGGAGUCUUUGCAGAUCUCCGAGGACGACCUCCCGGAGGCGUUUACGGCCACCAUCCUCACUGCCGCCACCAGCAAGCAGAACAUCACCAGAAUGUCCAAGACGCUGGAAGCCAAGAGAGUGGAGUUCCAGACCUCCCGGCAGAUCGCGGAGGCCCAAGCCAAUGUCACCAUCCAGAAGGCCAUCGGUGAGAAGGCCCGGAUCAUGCAGAACGGCAAAGCGGAUGCUGCGAUCAUCGAGGCGUACGUGGAAGCCGAGCUGACCGCCUAUGGCAAGAUCCAUAAGACUCUUGGUCUGUCUGGUGAGGAGCUGAUCAAUUACAUCUGGUAUGACACGCUGGGCGGUGGGGGCGUGUCUGCGGAUGCCAGCACCGACAAGGACAUGGAGAUGCUCGUGGGCGUGAAUCCCAGCGCCUACAUCUCGCGCUGAAGCGGAUCCGCGGAUCGCUGGGGGUGGCGCACGCGCGCCGGUUGAUUGACCCGCCCAAGGCUUGGCUCAGGUUUGGAACCCCCCAGCCUUGUGUUUCGAGGCGUUCAGGGCGCAAAAAAUUGGGGUGGUAGCUUCGGGUGGCCUCACCUCGAGUCAGU